CCAGAGUCGGUUUAGAGCCGCAAAAUUCAAAUUCCUCUGCAAGAAUUAAGAGUUUUCGGGUCUAGAUCGACUUCUGCGAGGGUCCCAGAUCCGACGGGAAGUCCUCCACUGAUCGCAUUUUCCGGCGGAGGUUGGUUUCAAGUGUAAAGAAACAUCCAGAGAUGAACCACCUCAACGCCCGGCAAGACCCAUCGGACUCAGACUCAGACUCAUCCCAACUGGCUCAAUACACACUAGGAUUCGAUGAUGGAAAGAUUAAUAAGCUCUCAGAGGUAGAGCAGUACUCGAUAUCUCGGAUAGGUGGCAUACCAGUUCUUCCACCAUUCGAAAACACCUUGGUCCCAGAGAAGGACCUGGAAUGUCUGAUAUGUCAAAAACCAAUACCAAUGCUAGUCCAAGUCUACUGUCCCAGUGACCAAAACCCAUACCAGGAUCGGGUAAUAUAUCUGUUUGGAUGUACCGAGCAGAAAUGUCAAACCCAGGGCUCAUCGAAAUGCGUCAGAGGAUUCAAGUCGUGGAAGUUUAACGAGGAGUACUAUAGGCAAUUAUCAGCCCAGCAGACCCGAUCCUCUCUCCCACAAACUGCACUCAAUAACCAAUCCGACCUGGGGGACAAUCCAUUCAAGAUGAACACUCACAACUUGUUCGGACAAUCGUUUGAUAAUCCUUUUUCAGCACCACCGGCUCCUACUCAAGAUCCUCCUCCGGCAGUAGCAGAGUCGAGUCUACUCGAGAACCCAUUCUCCAAUCUGAGCCUCGGGGAAAAGGAGUCUGCAACUACCACCACAUCGUCUGCCCAGAAACAUAACGCGAAACUAGUGGCCAGGUUGCCUGCAUUAUGCACACCACCUCACUAUCUGGCUACCGAUUAUGAAGUCAAGCCAAAGCUUUCGUCGUCCACCACGUUCAAGGAGUUCUUGGAUGAUCAGACUCAGCCCCCUCAUCCUUCUUCAGUCACCUCCUCAAAAAAGUCCGAACAGAAUGGACACUCCAGCAAGAAAAAAAAUGCCAGCUCAGGGCCACCGACUACUCCCUCCGGUCCAUCCGGGGCGCAAGAAUCUUAUGAGGUCCAAGCCGUCAAGGGCGUCGAUCCUGCGUUCUUGGACUUCCAAGAUCGGAUUAAUUGGAACGAUCAAUCCACUCAGAUCAUCAGGUAUAAUCCUAAUGGAAGAGCAUUACCCGUCCAUUCCACUAAGCCAACCCCAUCGAUUCCAGCAUUACAAUGUGGCCAUCAGAGUCGCUUCGAGCUUCAAUUGAUGCCAGCCGUCUUGCGCUUGUUUUCCUGCCCGAUCGACUGGACUACCGUUUGGAUCAACGACUGCGUUCAGGACUGUUGUCGCCCCGCUAGCGACGGCGGUUGUCGUGAGGGAUGGUCUGAAGUUCAAUGCUACGUUCAAUCCGUCCUUGAUUAACUUCCUAUAGGUAUACGUCUUGGUUUCUCUUUUGGUCAGAUGGAAUUUCUUCCUCCUUUUUUUACGGAUGUUUUACAAUAUUUUACCAUGCUCAUUACAUUUUAUCGGAAGCUUAUUGAGUUAGCAUUUAAUCCUCCAUAUGCAAAUUUCAAUUUUUUUUCUUCUUGUUUUGCCUUGAUCCAAAUAGCCACGACCGAACAUGAAAUUGAAACGCAAAACCCAUAAUCAUAUGAAAAAUUCAAGUUUCCUUUUCU